CGCGGCGGCUCGGCCACAGGUAACCUGCGGGAGCGGGGAGCGCAGACCGGCGAGCGGCGGCAGGAGGCGGCGGCGCUGGGCGGCGCCGAGGCCCAGGGCCCGCCGAAGCCAGCGGGAGCCCGUGCCCAUCGUCUCCCCUCGCCCCCCACGCUGUCGCCGGCGUCGGUCCCAGCGGCGCGGAGAGAAAGGUCCCAAAGAUGGCAUAGUGAUGAAGGCCCCUUCCAAUGACCGGAACGUCUUUACCCGAGGGUGCCUGCCUGGGCCCGUGGCAUCGCGUUGAGCCAAAGGAACUUGUCUACCACGUCCCGGAAAACGUCUUUCUCUCAUAAUUCAUGAGCCAGCAGGAUGCGGUCGCCGCGCUUUCAGAACGCCUGCUCAUAGCUGCAUACAAAGGCCAGGCGGAGAAUGUGGUUCAGCUCAUCAACAAGGGUGCCAAGGUAGCGGUUACCAAGCAUGGCCGGACCCCCUUGCAUCUUGCUGCCAAUAAGGGCCAUCUUUCUGUGGUCCAGAUCUUGCUGAAGGCUGGCUGCGACCUCGAUGUCCAGGACGAUGGGGAUCAGACCGCCUUGCACCGGGCCACGGUGGUGGGGAACACCGAGGUCAUCGCGGCGCUCAUCCAGGAGGGCUGUGCUCUGGACCGACAGGACAAGGACGGGAACACGGCCCUGCAUGAAGCGUCCUGGCACGGUUUCAGCCAGUCUGCCAAGCUGCUCGUUAAAGCGGGAGCCAACGUGCUUGCCAAGAACAAGGCGGGGAACACGGCUCUGCACCUGGCCUGCCAGAAUAGCCACGCCCAGAGCACACGCGUCCUCCUGCUGGGCGGCUCCCGCGCCGACCUCAAAAAUAACGCAGGCGACACCUGUUUGCACGUUGCUGCGCGCUAUAAUCACCUGUCCAUCAUUAAGCUCCUCCUCAGUGCUUUCUGUUCUGUCCAUGAAAAGAACCAGGCUGGAGACACAGCACUUCAUAUUGCUGCUGCCCUAAAUCACAAGAAGGUGGUUAAAAUCCUACUGGAAGCCGGAGCAGAUGGGACCAUUGUCAAUAACGCAGGCCGGACUCCACUGGAGACUGCCCGCUACCACAAUAACCCGGAAGUUGCUCUCCUCCUCACUAAAGCGCCCCAGGUCUUGCGCUUCAGUCGUGGGCGAAGCCUGAGGAAAAAGAGAGAGAGGCUCAAGGAAGAGAGGAGAGCUCAGUCUGUGCCGAGAGAUGAUGUGGCACAAAGCAAGGGAAGUGUCUCAGCAGGAGACACCCAUAGCAGUGAACAGGCUGUACCCAGAAAAGAAGAGUCCAGAGAAGAUUUCCUGUCUGCCUCCCCGGAGCCCAGAGCAAAGGACAACAGGCAGAAAAAGUCAAGGCCCAAGGCGUCAGCGUUUUCUGACCCCACCCCACCAGCAGACCAGCAGCCUGGACAGCAGAAGAGCUUGCACACUCACAGUCACCCUAAAAAGAGGCCCAGGCAUCGCUGUUCACCCCCAGGUGCCCCCCACGAGUUCAGAGCGUACCAGCUCUACACGCUGUACCGGGGCAAGGACGGCAAAGUGAUGCAGGCCCCAAUAAAUGGCUGUCGAUGUGAACCCCUGAUCAACAAGCUGGAGAAUCAGUUGGAGGCAACUGUGGAGGAGAUCAAAGCAGAGCUGGUGUCGGUUCAGGAUAAGAUGAACACGAAGCUGGGGCACAUGGAGAAUAAGACCCAGCACCAAAUGCGGGUUCUGGACAAGCUGAUGGUUGAGCGACUCUCAGCAGAGAGGACGGAGUGCCUGAACCGCCUGCAGCAGCACUCGGACUCAGAGAAGCACGAGGGAGAGAAACGGCAGAUGUCCUUGGUGGAUGAAUUAAAAACUUGGUGCAUGUUAAAGAUUCAGAAUCUGGAGCUGAAGCUUUCUGGAGAUUCUAGGGCCUCCAGGACUAAAUCCACACCAUCCACUUGCGAGUCCUCCACAGGUGUGGAUCAGUCAGUGGUGACCGCAGGUCCAGUAGCAGCCUCUGACAGCCCCCCUCAGGUGGUCAGGCCCAAGGAAAAGGCCCUCAGCUCCACAGCCGCCCACAGACUCCAGCAGGAGCUGUCUUCCUUGGACUGUGCAGGCUCCCGACUGAGGAGUGUCAAGGUCCAGACAGCCUCGUUACCCUUGAAAGAGGCAGCCAAGUGCGAGCCGCAGGCUGGGCCCUGUGUUGACAGAGGCACCCAAACCAAGAAGUCUGGGAAAAGUGGGCAGAUGAGGCACCGCGGCCAGCAGCCAGCACCCAGCACCACCUGCGGGCAGCCGCCACCAGCAGCAGGUGGCGAGCAAACUGCCCCUCAUACUCGGGACACCUCCCAAGCGCUGGAGCUCACCCAGUAUUUCUUUGAGGCUGUUUCCACCCAGAUGGAAAAGUGGUAUGAAAGGAAGAUUGAAGAAGCACGAAGCCAAGCCAGUCAGAAAGCCCAGCAAGACAAGGCCACGCUGGAGGAACACAUUAAAAGUUUAGAGGAGGAACUUGCUAAACUAAGGACUAAGGUACACAAGGAAAACUAGGGCCUGGGAAGUGGGACGAGAAAGGAUUCCUGGGACUUCCCUGGUGGUCCAGUGGUUGACUGUGCUUCCAGUGCAGGGGGCGGGGGUUCGAUCCCUGGUCUGGGAACUAGGAUCCUGCAUGCCGUGGGGAGGGCGGGGGGCAAGGAUUCCUGAAGAUUUCCGGUCCUGCAGCUGCAGAAGAGCUAUGUCGGAGGUGUCAGUUAUUGUACACAUAGCAGACCUUGCCUUUUAAAAAAAUCACUAAUUUCUAAAACGUGCCAGACACAUGCUUCCUAUGCCCUGAAGUUGUGAAGACUUCAACAAUUAGACUGAAACUAGGGGACACUUGGUUUCAGGUUUCAUUACAGAUUUGAAACCUCAGCUCAAGUUCAUCUGAAGUUCAAAAGCUCAGAUUAAGCGAGCUGUGCUAAGAAACUGAAGGAUGUGUAAGCCUAAACCCCAAUAUUCAGGAUAUGAAAUAAUGUAAAUGAAAAGCAAGAAAAAAUAUUAAUCCCUGUGCAUUCAAGUCAAGCAGUCAUUCAUAUCAACAUGCCUGCUGUGCCUGGACAGUGUCUUUCUGUAAGAGCUGUAACAGACACGCUGAACUCCCUCAAGUUCAUAGUUCCCCAAAUGCUGACAUCUUAACCAGGGAAAACUCACCAAAGAAACUUUGAGGAGAAGGAUUUUCAUGAUGUCACAAGAUCCAGUAUAUCGUAAAAUGUUUUGAAAAGUCAGAGUGUAUUUAAAUAAUGGGUUAAUUGGCUAAUAAUAGCGCUGGGAAUGUCCAUGAACUCAAACGAGAAAGAUUCAGAUCAUUGGAUCAUGGUUUCUGUAUCUUUCAGCCAAAAGAAAGAAACAGUACAAUUAAUCAUAGUGGCUUUAAAGUGGAUUAAUGGAAAAAACAUUCACGUAGCAAUUACCUGAAAUUUCUAUAACCUAGUUCACAGCCAGUUAUCUUAGAGUACUUUUCUGAAUGUGAGCUUAUUGGUCUACAUUUUAUAAAGAAAUAAGGCUGUUUCUUGAAAGUAUUUCAUUUUGAACUGAGUUGUCAUUGAAGAACCUCAAAAGCUUUCCACUGCUUUGUAGCAACUAUGUCAAGGUAAAUAAGCAAUAAAUUGACUUGGAUUCCCCAGCUUCAGGGAGCCCUGUGGAUGUUACUGUAUGGAGUAUACAAAGUUGCAAAAGUAACAGUAUGUUGAAACUUUGGAUUUAAUUAUCUUCCAAGCUUCUUGUCCCUUGUGGCAUUAUAUUCGUCUCCUCAAAAUUCCAUAUAUGCAUAGAAACCUCGAUUCUAUUUCUAUAAACAGAGGAACCAAGUAACUGUUGUCUGUGAUUUUUGAAUGAACCUUUGCUCAUUGAGCCAAAGAGAAAAUAUGACUUCUUGACAUGGGAACACUCAGAAAAACAAAAGUAUGCAUUUAGUCCCUGUGUGUUCUGCCCAUCAAGCUCAGUUGUUUUUGGUUUGUUCUUUUGAAUACUGACAAUCUAUGGAUCUAGGCGUUCCUAAUAAAUGUAGAUGUAUGUCAUCAUUACAAAACCUGGACAGGGAAUUUAUUUGAUGUUCUCUCAAGUUUAUUUUCAGGUUUGUAAGCUCGUCUUGUCGAAUUUAAAACUUCAGUGGCACACUUUAAAGGGGAAAAAAAAUGACACAGGGGCAGUCGAUAUGUUAAGUAAUAGCCUUAGCCACUUCUCAUGCUAGAAAGCUUUUGUAUUUAAAACAAUUCUAAUAAUUUAGAUAAUAUAAUAGAUAUUAUAAUAAUAAAGGGGUUUAAAGAUGCAUUUAUUGUAGUUAAUAUACAUUAGUUGAACAUUCAGACAUCUUAAACUUUAGGAACAAAACUUCGGCAUUCAAACAACAGUAUAGUUAGUUUACAGGGAACACCCAGACAGUAAAUUUGCCUAAUCCAAAAUACUGAUGAAGAUGAUGAAAAAAAUGUGUUUCACCAGCGUUCUAUUCUGGCCAACAUCUUAAUGACCAUGGUUCCACAUGUGAGAAGAAAUUGCUAAAUAGAUCUUCUCUUGGGCUUAAACAACGGACUUGGCCUAUAAUUCAGGAGAUACGCAAAGAUGUAAGUGAACAAAUAAAAUUAAAUUGUUCUUUAGAGAGGAAGGGAAAAGCUUGUCCACGAGAAUAGUCUUAGUCUCUGGAAGAUGAAAAUUCAAAUUUUCAUGUUUUAUUCACUUAAACAAAAUCAAAACAAAACCCCACAUUAGGUUUUCUUGGAGAGUCUGUGGUAUUUGAUUCUUGCAAAUACAAACCACAAAUGCUCUUACAUCUUCCACAUACAGUGCUUCUAGGAAGAACAUCAAAGUCACUGCUUGUCACGCUUCAUAAAAGGAUGGUUUUUAGCUUCAAGAUUUUAGAUUUACUAGAUAGCCUGUACUUGAGUAUUUGCCAAUCAUGCUACACAAAAGAGUAAGUCUUUCUAAGGUUCUCUGUUCAGAAACUGUUCACACAUGCUUUUCCCUCUGUUCAUCAGAUGGCUUGAUUAACGUACAUCUAUAUAAAAACCUGAAAAUUGGCUUAUGUAAGCAUUUUAGAUUAGGCCAUCCCCCGGUGGCAGAGUAUUCAGAAUUAUUUUUGUCUUGUGGGUUCUGGAGCUGUGGAAGGGCAAGGGUGGCUCGGAAUGCAGGUUAGUGACACACCACUGGUUUACACCUCUCCAAUGGCACACGGUCCAACACUAGACACUGUUUAUCCUGCAAAAGUUUUUCUACAUCUUUCAGAUGUAGAUUCUUGGAUUAACUCUGAUUCUUGGAUUAACUUUUUAGAUUUGUUCUGUAGGUGAACUGCCAAUCCCAGCCUCUUCCACGAGCUUUCACUUUCACUAAAUUAACUGUUAAACACAUUUGGUCUCUUUCAAAAGUGUCCUGAAGUCAACUUCUGUCUCCAAUGUAUUCUUCAAACUCUGUUUUUUCCUGGCACUGGAGGAGAACCUAAUGCACUGAGGAGCUUCCUUAAUUAAUGAUUUAUUUUACUUUCCAUGUGGAUAUUAAGGUAACCACAUUAGUUUUGACCAGGAGUUGCCUCUUCUUCUUGGUAGGUGCUUCAGUGCAUUUGUUAAACUUCUCUUUCUUCUUUUUCCUACAAAGUUCUAGAUUCCCAGUGGUGAUCUUUUUGGAAAGUCCUCUUGAAUAUCAGAUGCAACACAUCUGAAGAACAUACCUCAACAACCCUGAGGGUUAAUGCAGAAGGACUUUCCAAGGAAGCUCCAUGGUGUCUCCUGAGGUCAGUACACCUCCAGCCCUAUACCUCACACUGUUUUAAAACAGCUUAAUUGACUUACACAAUAUUAUAUAUCAAUUAUAUUUCAAAAAAAUUGGGGAAAAAUGGCUUUAUUCAGAUAUAAUUCACAUACCUGUAAAAUGUACAGUUCAGCAGAUUUUAGUAUAUUCAGAGUUGUGCAUUCAUAUAAACAGAAUCAUACCAUACAUGAUCUUUUGUGACUGGCCACUUAAUGUUUUCAGGGUUCAUCCAGGUGUAGCAUGUGUCAGUACUCCAUCUUUCUGUUUGCUAAAUAAUACUUUAUUGUAUGGGUAUACCACGUUUUACUUAUCCAUUAAUCAGCUGAUGGGCAUUUGGAUGGUCUACUUUUUGGCUAUUAUGAAUAAUGCUGUUUAACCUUUUGGGCAACUGACAGUCUUUUUUCCAAAGUGGCUGCACAAUUUUAUAGUCCCACCAGCAGUGUUUAAGGGUUCCAGUUUCUCCACAUCCUCAUCCUCGCCAACAUUUGCAAUUAUCUCCCUUUUUAAUUAUAGCCAUUCUAGUGGAUGUAAAUAGUAUCUCUUGGUGGUUUUGAUUUGCAUUUUCCUAAUGAUUAAUGGUGUUGAACAUCUUUUUAUAUGCUAUCGUACUGGUUUUUGCUUCUUCCCAAAACUGCUGACAUAUCCAAGAACAUUUUCAAAAUAAAAGGUAUGUUUUCAGUGCUAAGACAAUUGCUCUUAUGCCCUUUUCUUGGCUCUCUCUGAUAUGCCAUGCUCCAUGUUCUGAUAUUUUGCUCAAGGGCUCUAUGUACAGAUAGUUUCACUUGGCUUUGGGCUACCCACUGUUGAGCCUAAGCUCAACUAAACACAUGGAGACUUUGAAAACCUUUCAGAAUAAUGCUGUAGUUAAGAUCUGGCUAAAGCAAGUGUUUUUUCUAACUCUUUGAGCUGCAUAUUGCCUUGAGUAAUCAUCAUCCGGAUUGUAUCCUGUAGAAGAAAGUGAAAUCUGGUCACUGUUUUCACUGGUUAAACAAGUCCUUCAGGUAUUUGCGAUCAGAAUCAUUUGGAACUUGCCGAAUUGCCUGCAAAAUCCUUCUGUAGAGGAGGAGAACUUGUUGCCUUCUCACGAACUGUACAGGGGAGGAGAAAUGGCAAUUACAGCUGCACAAUCGUCAGCCCGCUUGCUAUCCAGGCCUUAAUGUGACCUGCAGAGACAGUACUUCCCUGGGAACAGACCACCCCGUGGACAUCUUUCAUGUAGUGACUGAUGCCUCCUCCUUUGAGGAGGGCACUGCUGAGAUCCAAGUACUUGGAAAGGCUCCUCACACAAGGCUGGUGGAUAUGAGAGGAGUAGAUGUGAGAGCCAGAGGUCCAAGGACAAGACCCACCAUCGUGGCCAGGUCAGGACACCGACCAUCCACGGUGACCCUGGGAUUAACUGUUGGAAGUGUUAUCUGCUCAGAGAACACGUCGUACCAACAGUACUCCUUAAAAGACUGAUAAGGAUAUGAUACCCCAAAACAACCAGAUGCUACAUAAAGUUCUUAAGACAAACAUGUCUUAAGUUGUUUAAAAGAAACUUAUAAUUAUGUUUUGUCAACUUAUUGAAGUAGUAAUUUGUGAAAGUUUUAGUACCUGGAAAAUCGUGUCCACAAGGAGCUGAUGGGCUGUAUGAAUGGUCGAAUCUCGGCUUCUCUCUGGUUUCUCAUUCUCUGUCUCCCUGUGGGAUGUGUCUGUCCUGGGGUCUUGGUCUUCCUCUGUGUUAACAGUUUGGGUCUCCAUCUCCAUCUCUUCAAAGCCUGUUCUCACACCAUAAUGUCAACAUGAAGACUCAACCUCCACAGUCACGUGUCAAUCCUAACAAUUACUCAGACUUCACUCAUUCACUCCCCAGCACAUUAACACCUCGGCUCCACGUGUCCUUUCUCUCUGACACAGUCUGCCAAUUCUCACUCCCUUAACUUCCCCCUCUUCCCACCCUGAUAUGGAAGGCGGCUGUUCUGGGAGGCAGAAGUGGGGGGAGACUGUUUUACCCUGACAAGCCUCACAGAACCGUGUGAUCCAUUAAACUAUGUUCAUGCAAAUAAAUAAAUAAACUAUGUGCAUGCAGAACUUUGACAGAACCAAAAACUAAAAUAACAUCAUAGCUCCAUUUUAUAGAUGAGGAAGCUGAGACAAAGAAGACAAAUAAUUUGCCUCAACCUAUAAAGUAAGUAAGUAAGAGAAAGUCUGGAUUUGAAUCUAGAAAGGUCUAAACACAGAGCUAUGCCUUUCCCACUGUCCUGUAACAGCCAGGCAGUCAGCAGUUCUAACGCCCCUGAGAAGACGGAAGCAGAAGGAAGAGUUUUUGAAUUUAGCAAGUUCUUUUAAAUUUGCACUUAUACCACUGCUGAUAAAGCUAUUUUUUCAUGUGUUGAACUUAAAAAACAAAACAGCCUUGUAAUAGCACUUGGUCAGCUAUGAAAUGGAACUGUAUGUAAGAAGUUUUGUUACCUUCUCACAUGCAUUUCCCCUAUUCUAUUUCUUUAAACAUUUCUUUAAAUAAAAUGUUUAAAUAUAGUAUAUUUUCAUAUAAUUAAAAAUACUGUUUCUCUAAUAAUCAAGAAUAUAUCUUCUGGGGGACUUCCUUGGUGGCACAGUGGAUAAGACUCUGCGUUCCCAAUGCAGGGGGCCCGGGUUCGAUCCCUGGUCAAGGAACUCGAUCCCAGAUGUGUGCCACAACUAAGGAGGCAGUGAGCCGCAACUAAGACCCAGUGCAACCAAAUAAGAAAGAAAAAAAAAGAAUAUAUCUUCUGGUCAUACUGGAAUAUGUGUACUAUUCUGUUUUCUUCUACAUAUUUAAAAAAGACUGCUGGGUUGGGCUUUGCUGGUGGGGCAGUGGUUAAGAAUCAGCCUGCCAAUGCAGGGGACACGGGUUCAAGCCCUGGUCUGGGAAGACCCCACAUGCCACGGAGCAACUAAGCCCAUGCGCCACAACUACUGAGCCUGCGCUCUAGAGCCCAUGCUCCGCAACAAGAGAAGCCACUGCAGUGAGAAGCCCGCACACCACAACGAAAGAGUAGCCCCUGCUCGCUGCAACUAGAGGAAGCCUGUGCACAGCAACGAAGACCCAACGCAGCCAAAAAUAAAUAAUAGAUUUUAAAAAUAAAUAAAAUAAAAAAAUAAUAAAGACUGCUGGGAUUUUGUCUGAAACUCAAGUUUCAAGGGUGUCCGUGAAGGACAGUGUCCUGUAACACCUUCCACCUUCCUACUCCCAAAUGAAACAUGUACAGGGAAAUUAUGGGCAAAUGAAUCUCUAAGCCAUGGGUUAGGAUGGGGAAAGAAGUGACCAAGCGCGACUGCAGCACCAGAGAAAUGGCUUCUGUGAGUCGGAGAGCUUAGGCAGGAGGGUGUGCUCACUGCAGGACUCACCCGGCCCAGCUGUGCGCCCCGACCUGGCUUCCUGGGACUCCAGCUGCUCCGUGUCUAUUGCGCAGAGCUCCUCCUGCUCCCCCGUGCCCGCGGAGGCGUCCUCUAUCUCCUCCUCUUCCCAAGCCUCGCUGGGGUCCUUUGCAGACUGCUGCUGCUCCGUGCUAGCCACAUCUGCCAACAAAGUGCACACACGUGAAAAGGUCAGCUCUCUGCAGACAAAGCCAUCAUGAGUGGGUGUGCUUUUGGUCAUUCGUACUUCCCAAGAUUCUGCCCCUGACUGGUUAUGUGGCUUGGACACAGUACUUGGCUUGUCUGUGACCUACUGAUGUAAGUGCUUAACACUCCCCCCUCGCCCCCCAGCCAGAAGCUUCAAGGAUACAGUGUAACUAUACAUGUGACCAUAGAUUGGAUGUUUAGCUGGGUUUUUAUUGCUAUGACCAGAGACUGAACCAGAAUAAACAUGCCAGGCACGUGACUCAGAGCAGCUAAUGGAAUCAUCCUCAUUGCCAAGUUAUGGGUGGAAAACCUGUAGUGAUAAAGUAUAACACGGGGCACAGAAAGAUCAGCAUGGGAAUCCCAGCAUUGUGAUCUUGGACAAGUUCUUAAGUAUCUUUGGCCUCAGUGUGCUGAUCUAUAAAAUGGAGACAUCCUAGCUGGUAAAGACUGUCAGAGGAACUCCAUGAUCAUGCUGCAAAGGCUCAGAAUGGUGCUGGGCACAAGGUAAAAGCUCCAUGCGUGGCAGCCAUCACUGUAUUGCUUCAUUUUCCUUAAAAGUGGGGACAGGGAGAGAAAAGAGUAAUCCACAGCAGAGCAGUCUUUUUGUACCAUCCUCACAGUACACAUUAUCAACACCAGCUUACAUAUUAGGAACGAAACAGUGAAAAGUUACCAAGAGAACUUGAAGCAGAGACUGAGUGACGACUGACUACUCCCUUUCUAUGCUGAGAUCUUUUUUCUCCUUGUUUGUUUGUUCAUUUAUGGCUGCGUUGGGUCUUCAUUGCUGCGUGCGGGCUUUCUCUAGUUGUGGUGAGCGGGGACUACUCUUUGUAACGGUGCAUGUGCUUCUCAUUGCGGUGGCUUCUCUUGUUGCAGAGCACAGGCUCUAGGCACGCAGGCUUCAGUAGUUGUGGCUCGUGGGCUCUAGAGUGCAGGCUCAGUAGUUGUGGCACACGGGCUUAGUUGCUCCGUGGCAUGUGGGAUCUUCUCCGACCAGGCCUUGAACCCGUGCCCCUGCAUUGGCAGGCAGAUUCUCAACCACUGUGCCAACCAGGGAAGUACUGUGCCAACCAGGGAAGUCCUCUCUCCUUUCUUGAAACACAGAUUUCAAGUUCACAGCUCCUAUCAUUGCCGGGUGAUUAUGAAGGAAUGUCCACUACUCAGAAUCCCUGAGAUCAGUGCUGGGUUUGGAUACGGCCAACCUUUACCAAAGAUAUUUAAAAGGCUCACACUAGACCCAGAACCCUGAACACUGAAACCCUGCACUUGGCUACAGGUAUCUUUAUAUCAAAAACAAACUGUAUUUCUGCACAGUUCUUAUUAGAAGGAAACUAGUUUAAAAAGCCAUUUCCUCUCCCUCCUAAGAUGACUUUUAAGAACACCUGGUGGGCACACAGCAUAAGCAUUCACAGAGCUCAGUAAGCAAAGGAGAAGCCUUCCCUGCAUCAUACCAUAGGUCUGUACGUCAUAGGGCUCGCUACCCUGUUUAAUGUGCUCAAAUGCUUCCGCGUCCUCUGCCUGGGUCUGGGCCGGGCCCUGCUCAGUGUGGCUGUCCGUGUCCACAGUCCUCAGCCUCUUGUGCACACGCUCAUUGUGGUCACCCAUGGAGCGUUCGUUGUCGGCCUGCCCAGGUUUCCUCUUAAAACUCUGUGGGAAAUAUGAGGAAAUUCAUCAGAACCUUGUCUAAUGGCAAAAAGAGUAAAAAUAAUCAUAAUAUUUAUCCUCAGGGGGCUGAUUAAGUUAAUCAGGUGUACCAGACAAGAGUGGAUUUCAGUGACGCUGUUAAUAGGAAGAUCUCUAAAUACAUAUACAGAGCAAUCUCUAUGAUAUACUUUUAUACCUGAAACAAAGGCAAAGAGGCAAAGAAACAUUCUCACACAGGGAGGUGCACACACACAAACAUCCAUACAUAUACUACACAUGCAGAAAGUCUCUUAGAGAGAAGACAAGACUGGCAGCACCAAUAUGCUCUGAGGAUAGUCCCUUGGGUGGCUUGAAGACAGGAAUAAAAUGGAAGCUUUUUAGGGGAUUGGUUUCUAUAUACUAAUUUUGUAUCACAUGCAUGAAUAAUACCCCAUUUUAAAAAGCCUUAUUUUUAAAACACAAAAGAGGGAAUUCCCUGCCAGUCCAGUGGUUAGGACUCGUCGCUUUCACUGCUGGGGCCUGGGUUCAAUCCCUGGUUGGGGAAAUAAGAUCCCGCAAGCCAUGCAGUGCAGCCAAAAUAAAUAAAUCAUAUU